CCCUCCUCCCCGCUGUGUUUAUUAGGGGAAGGAGGGCGGAGGCGGAGGCCAGUUCCCUAGCUCCUGCCGCCGUCGCCGUCGCCUGUGCAGUUGCAGCCGAGGCCGUCUCCCGCCAGCUCGCUCCGGGGAAAGAGAACGUGCGCGAGCUCCGGCGUCCCCGCCCUAGCCUUUCCCGGAGCCAUGAAUCCCAACUGCGCCCGGUGCGGCAAGAUCGUGUACCCUACGGAGAAGGUGAACUGUCUGGAUAAGUUCUGGCAUAAAGCAUGCUUCCACUGCGAGACCUGCAAGAUGACACUCAACAUGAAGAACUACAAGGGCUAUGAGAAGAAGCCCUACUGCAACGCACACUACCCCAAGCAGUCCUUCACCAUGGUGGCCGACACCCCGGAAAACCUCCGCCUCAAGCAACAGAGUGAGCUCCAGAGUCAGGUGCGUUACAAGGAGGAGUUUGAGAAGAACAAGGGUAAAGGCUUCAGUGUGGUGGCAGACACGCCCGAGCUCCAGAGGAUCAAGAAGACCCAGGACCAGAUCAGUAACAUAAAAUACCACGAAGAGUUUGAGAAGAGCCGCAUGGGCCCCAGCGGGGGUGAGGGCCUGGAGCCGGAGCGCCGAGAUCCCCAGGACACUGGCUAUCGGCGGCCCCAGGAGCAGCAGCCUCACCACAUCCCAACCAGCGCCCCAGUUUACCAGCAGCCCCAGCAGCAGCAGGCAGCCCAGUCCUACGGUGGCUACAAGGAGCCUGCAGCCCCGGUCUCCAUACAGCGCAGUGCCCCAGGCGGGGGCGGGAAGCGGUACCGCGCCGUGUACGACUACAGUGCCGCCGACGAGGACGAGGUCUCCUUCCAGGACGGGGACACCAUCGUCAACGUGCAGCAGAUCGACGACGGCUGGAUGUACGGGACCGUGGAGCGCACCGGCGACACGGGGAUGCUGCCGGCCAACUACGUGGAGGCCAUCUGAGCCCGCCGGGCGCCGCCCGCCCCAUCCGUCUUCAGUGCAUUCCACAGCAUCGCAUCCGUCCUGGGCGUGACCUGUCCACCCUUUGGUGUCUCUGUUUUUAAAAAUCUGCAGCAGCUUGUUUAUCCUCCCCCCCUUCCAGCUUCUUUUGCCAACCGAAGCCUUGUUCUGCCACUUUCGCGGCUCCUUCCUCUGGCAGGUUUUCCCCUUGAUCAACUUCUUGAUUUUCUCUCUGGAUGGAACAGGUGUGGACCGCUCUGGGGGAAGCCGAGGCCCGUGGCGCUGGUCGGGGGGGGGGGGGGGGGCGACCCGUCAGCUCCCAGGCCUCUGCCUUCUCUCUUUUCUGCCCCCUCAGCCCCUCCUGCCCACCUCCUCACACACCCGAACAUUCCAGGCUGGGGUGAGCCCCAGACCCCCAGGACUCCCAGGGCGGCCGGGAGUUGCUUCACACACUCCCGGGUGUGGGACCCACCGCCCUUGCCCCUGGGAUGGGGACGGGGGUGCCGCCGUUGUGCAGGGACCAGUGAGAUGGGCUUUGCCUCUGCUUCUCAAAGAUGGGGGCUGCCAGCCCUCCAAGGGGCUCCCUCACCCCCCUCUCCCCAGCUCAAAGGCAACAGAGGAGGGUGAAGUUCCUGCUUUGGGAUUCAUUCAUCCCUCCCGACACGGUUCCUUUUCACACUGUGAUUUUGCUCUGCUGCCCGCCCGAGCCUGGUGUGGGCGAGCAGCUCUCCAGGAAGCUCGGCUUGGGUCCGGUUCUCGCCUUUCUUACUUUAGGGACAGCUGCAGGAAGCAGGGGAACGGGGUGUUCUCUCUGCGGCCCUUUUCCCACACUCCCACCCCGGUCUCCAGCGUCCCUGGCUUGCCUCCUUGCGGAGGGUGGGUCAUCGAAGCCUCGGGCCUCUCGCCCGGGCAGCCCAGCCUCUCGCGAGAUCUAGUUGGGCCGCUUCUCGCCGCGCCUCCUGGCAAGGUGUCUCCAGGCCUUCCAUGGCCUCCCCCGUCCCCACUUCCUGCCGGACCCCAGGUGGACUGUGCGAAACCACAGGACCCUCUGUAUCUCCAGGACUUUGUUGCGGGGGAAGGAGCGAGUGUCUGCAGGUAUCCGUGACAGGCGAGGGUGAGUGUGAGCGUGAGAGAAGCGGGCGGGGUGCGGGCUGUGUGUGCAGAGCUGUCCUCCCCAAUAUUUUCCUCAAAACCCACAGUGAGAGGGGAGGACGCCGGGGGAGAGAAACUCCUUAUGUUUUCUUUGGAGUGAAAAAUCCUCCUUCUGUCCCCGAAUGGAGGAAGCCCACCCACCCCCUUUCCAAUGUGCCAGGCAGAAGUGAGAGAGAGAGAGAGUGAGAGAGAGAGAGAGAGAGUGUGUGUGUGUGUGUGUGUGUGUGUGUGUGCGCGCGCGCGCGCUUGGUGGGGGAGGAGUGGGGGAAGGCUUUGUGGCUCCAGGCAUAUUCUCUCCCCCAUCUCUGUGUUCUGGGCCGCCAGGGGACCUUGUGUCACCCGCAUUGUCUCCCCCGCCACCCUGCCCCGGGUAGCUCCCCACCUACUUAAAGCCUCCUUGAAGCAGAGGGAGAGGGUCCCAGGUCUACGAAACUGGAAAAAGCACAGACCCAGGAUGAGGAAGGGAAAGGUGGUGCUAUCUCCAAGUCCCUUCUCUUGCUCGUUGGUGGCUGUGACGACCCUUGCCUGGCUUUAUUCAUCUCUGGGCUUUCUUGUCACCCUUCUGGGUCUCCCCCUCCCAUCUUCACCCCGAGUCCGCUGACUCAGGCCCCACAGGUUGACAUCUUGCAUCCUUGUGCCCUGCAGGCAUAUUUAGCAUCAAGUCCUCACUGCUUGUCAGUUGACUUGGGAAUAUUUACCCCGAAUCAGAGGCUUGAGCCCCUGCCUGACCAAUCCGUUUCCCGCCUUGGCCAGAGACAAGGUGAAGGCAGGUGGAGUGUCUUACAUUGGGCAAUUUGGGGGAUGAGGGAGGCAGAGAGGGAACAAUUUUGGGAGCCUUGAGGCAGGCGCUGGUCCAUUUUGUUUCCUCUUGAUCUCAAAGCACAAUGUGGAUUCUGGGACCAAAGGUCAGAGACACAUCCUGUUGGAGAACCUGUGGUUGGCAGGGUGGUGAGAGGGUGGGAGGAGGACCUGGGGGAGCAAGAAGUAGCCUCUUUUCACUCGGCUUAAAUUUCCUUCCAGAACAAGGCAAGCCAGCCGCUGGAAUCUUGCUGCCAGCCCUCUGGUCCUCCCAUCCUAAAAAUAAGGGACCAUUUCUUACACACCCCCAGAGAGAGGAGGGACUGUCACACUGGUGCUGAGGGACCCAGGGGCUGCUGGGAGUCCUUAUUCCUUUCCAGAACCAUCCAUCCCUAGAAGAGCACAGAACCUGGGGGCUGGGCCAAGUCCUGGUCUUUUCUUACAUUUCACAGUUUUUUUAGCUGAUCUAAUCCCAGGAAAGCAAAGCUAGAAUGUGAAUAUAACUUUAGUGGACCAAUAAUAAAAUGCAAGAAGCCCAAUGGUGAGAAAAGUGAAUUCUCUCAGUAUUGCUUCCUGGUUUCUUCCUCAUGUCCCUCCAGGGAAAAUUACUUUAUUGCUUAAUUUCUGCCUUUUCCCCCUCACAUAUGCACUUCUGGGCCUUUUUUUUUUUUUUUUUUUUUUAAUAGCUGGAAAAAAAAAUACCACCCCACAGACCUGUAUUUAAAAAGAAACAGAAAUGACCAUGUGAAAUUUGUCUCUGUCCAAACAUUUCAUCCGUGUGUGUGUGUGUGUGUGUGUGUGUGUGUGUGUGUAGACGUCCGUUCAUCUUUUUAUAUGGGGUGGUUGUCUUUCCUUGGUCUGUUUUGGUCCCCUCCCUCGUGGGCUUGUGCUUGGGAUCAAAUCUUUCUGGGCUGUUAUGAUUUUGAACAUUUGACUUGGACCACAAGUGACUCUUUCUCCUGGUGACUCAAAUAAAAGUAUAAUUUUUACCUGCA